AUGUCCGAGAAGCCGAACAUGCGGGGGAAUCCCAAAACCCAAAGCUCCAAACCCGACCCCGCCCCAGCCCCAUCCCCAUCCCCAGCUUCAACUCCAUCCCUCGCAACACGCAUCCAAUCCUCCGCCACAGCCCUCGCAAAAAGCACCCUCCAACCAGGCUCCGAUCUAAACAACACCCUCACAUCAAACAACAAAUCCGGACCCUCCGCCUCCGCCUCCACACCAACCCCCAGCGACAAUGCCCCCCAACUAAGAUCAGGAUCAAGAUCCUCGGCGUCCACCGGCCCGAGAGAAUCAUUCCGAACCUCCAAUUCCACUAUUACCGUACCCGAUGGCGAUUUCCAACAAUUUCAAGACGAGCCCCGGCUCGAUUCUGAGAUCCUCGGUGAUGAUUACACCGAUGGUGUCGAGCAAGAGAACGGAAAAGGAAAAGGAAAAGGAAAAGCACGCCUUGAACCAGCUUGGCAGGAUCCAAACCAAAUGAACGGACAAUCUGCACCUGCACCCGAAUCCGCAUUCGCAUCCGAAUUACAAAUCCAUCAAAACAAUCUCCAAACCCCAGAAGACGGCUCCGCCGUCCUCGCCCUCCUCUCCACCUCAUUCGAAGAAGACCCAUCCACAAUCCCAGACACGGAACUCGAUCCAGCCCCGCUACCACUUUCAGCACGCGAGAGGGAAGCGCUCGAUUCAUACAGAAUAUCGAGUUCCGGGCCUCGGCUGACGAGUUCGAGUCUGGUUCCUGAUAUCGAUACAUUUCUUAGUCAGGGAUAUAAUGAGGGGUUGGGGAGCGGGGUGAGUGGGAGUGCGCUGCGUGAUGAGGUUCUCGGGCAGCUUCCUGGGGCUGGGGAUUGGAUUGGGGUGCAGGAGAGGUAUCAUGAUGAGGUGUGGGGGUUUUUGGAGCCUGUGCUUGAGGCUGCGAGGGUGGAGAUUGAACGGGGUCGAGAGGGGGGUGGAGAUGGGAGUGGAAAUGGGGAGGGGCCGGCUGUUAGGAGGUUGAGGAUGAUUUUGGGGCAUAUGGGGGGUUGA